UAUUCAGAGAGCAUCGAUUUGCUCUAUUGGUGGUACAGUAACUGGUGAGUAGUUUACUAGUAAAGUUCUCGCGCACAACAUGACACACUUUGUUGCGGCAAGUAAAACCACCCUUAGUAGUUUUGUGGACAACAGACAUGGAUAACUAUGCAUAUCAACCGGAUGAUAAUGGCAAACCUUUUGCUAUAACAAGAUACCCGUCCGUGUCAAGGCAAAAUAAUGAUUAUCUGGUUGAGGUAAAUUCCAGAUCUAAGUUUUUCAAGACCACAAAAUUCUACAAAAGACUCACGGCAAUACUAACCAUUCUGGUUUUGCUGCUUUUGAUCAUCGUUAUUGUUUUGGCAGUAUUGUAUUGCACAAAGUUCCGUAAAAACGGAUUAUGCACUUCAGAAGAGUGUCUUCGUUCUGCGGCAAAUCUCCGCCUAUCUAUGGAUUUUAGUGUAGAUCCAUGUGAUGAUUUCUACCAGUAUACUUGUGGGCGUUGGUCAAAAGAGCACCCAAAUCAUGGAUGGUUUCCGUCAUUUUCAGCUUUCUCCACUAUUAUGGAGGAGGUUCUCAUCGCUACAGAAGAUUUUUUAGAUUCCGAAAACGAUGAUGACAAUAAUGAACCAUUUUCAGUAAAACAAGCUAGAAAUUUUUAUAAGUCGUGCAUGGAUACAGAAUCUGUGGAUAAUUUAGGAUUAUCGGUUGUUUAUAAAUAUUUGAAAGAAGUAGAUUUACCAACCAUCCCGAGUCUUUUUACAAAAACAGAUCAAGAAUUAGAAGAUUUUCAGUUCGAUUGGUUAAAGUCGGAAGCUACAAUAAAAAAAACAUUUGCCAUGGAUGUUUUGAUUGGUUUCUUUGUACAGCCCAAUAUGUAUAAUCGAUCAGAAAAUGUGAUGUAUAUUGGAGUUCCUGUGACGCCGUGUCCACUUCCAAGUCCUUUUAAAACCGAUAAAAGAAAAAAGAAUGAAGUUGAUUAUGCAGAACUUAGAAAAACAGUAAAUACCAACAUUAUCAAAUUCGUGUUAACCACAUUUUUUAAAAAUGUUACCUCUGAAGAACCGAAGGAAGAGGUUCUUGAGCAAGCAACAGAAGUGUUAAUUAAUAUGACCCUGCAUAUGGAUGAACUAAUCAAUAACUACACUGAUAUCUAUGAAACAGUGCAUUUUGAAAACAUUAAAGAACAUCAAAAUAAAAUUAGUGAGAUUUUGAAUGACAAUACAAAGAAAACUUAUCCACAAAUAUGGGAAAAGUACAUAACUUAUUUAUUUGAGGGUGUUAAUGUAACAAUUGAUUUUGAUAAAGAUCUUUUAUAUUUAGCUGAAAUGGAUGAGGAUUACUUACCAAAAGUCAUAAGCUAUAUCAUGACGACGUCGGAUGUUUAUGUCGAAUUGUAUAUGUGGUGGGUUACUGUGUUUGCCAUGAUACUUAAUACUUCUUCAGACAUUGCGGAGUAUAUUUUAAAACAAACUGCACCCUUUUAUGUAGGCUCUAAUGUCUUAAGAUCUAGAUCGUUAGAUUGUUGUAUUCUUGUGAAUACAUUUAUGGGAAUGGCGGUUAGUUAUGGAUUGGCUGAUAAAACUUUUUCCAACAAAACAAAGCCUAAGGUGGAGGAAAUGCUGUCGAAUAUCAAAGAUUCUUUUGUCGCACAUGUCAACACUUUAACUUGGAUGGAUAGAGAUACGAAGCAAGCAACUUUGGAAAAAAGUAAAGAAAUGAUUAGUUUUAUAGGCUAUCCUGAAUGGUUAUUUGACAAAGGUGCUCUUGAUAUCUAUUAUCAAGGUAUCGUCAUAUAUAAUGAUACAUAUUUAGAAAACAUGAUGAGUUUUGUGAAGAUUUUUGUUCCAAGCAAACUCGAAGAACUGAGAAAAAUAAAUGAAAGGAAUUGGAGUACUGACCCCACAGAUGUAAAUGCUUACAAUUCCUUUCCAGAUAAUAGCAUUAAUGUUCCAAUGGCAAUACUGUCAUUUCCGGCGUAUAACUUGGGAUUAGAGGUUUUGAAUUAUGGUGCUAUAGGAUCUAUUCUCGGACAUGAACUGACUCAUGGCUUUGACAAUACCGGAAGAAAGUACGAUAAAUUUGGAAACUAUAAAAAAUGGUGGACUAACUCAACCAUAGAAACAUUCGAGGAAAAAACCAAAUGUUUUAUUAAACAGUAUGAUAAUUAUACUUUCGCAGGCAUCAGCAAUCACGUACAAGGAGAGAAAACGUUAGGAGAAAAUUUGGCUGAUAACGGUGGGGUUAAUCAUGCAUAUAGGGCCUAUCACCGUUAUUUGAAAAUACACGGCUCUGAACCAAAGCUACCAGGAUUCCAAAAUUUUACAAAUGAUCAAUUAUUUUUUGUGGCCUUUGGAAGUAUUUGGUGUCAAACUAUCACUCUCGACGAAAUAGAGAAGGACAUCGAGACUGACGUGCACUCACCUCAGAAAAUAAGAGUGAUUGGAACGUUACAAAAUUCUCGGGAAUUUGCGAAAGCAUUCCGAUGUCCUGCCGGAAGUAAAAUGAAUCCUGGCGGGACGAAGUGUAAAGUGUGGUAAUUUAGAAAAUUUAACAAUGUGUGAUAAUAGAUUUCAAAUAUUUUAAAUUGUUAAGAUAGACUAAGGUUUGAAAAGUGUGCCUUUUGUGUGAUAUUAAAUAGUAAUAAUUAUUUAUAAAAAUGUAUUUAUUAUUUUCAAAUAAAGUGAAUCAAUCGCCUUGAA